UAACCGCGAGGGGUUGAACGGGGGUUGCUGCUGUAGUUUCGCGCAUGCUGUUUCUACCUGCCGGCAAGAGGGUUGGUUUUAGCCGGUAACGGUGACUGAUACAGAGUACGUGCAGUCAGAGGAAAGGGUAGUUUCAUCCGGGCUUUAUAUAAGGCACCGUGGACAAUGUCGUUUACGAUGCCGAUGAUCAAGUCAGUCCGAUGGUGUACGUCGCUGCAGCGAUCGCAUUGGGAUUUAUCGGAUUUUUUGGUUUCACCAUGAAUCUUCUGGUGGCGAUCGUGAUCGUCAAGGACGCGCAGAUACUGUGGACACCCGUCAACGUGAUCCUGGUUAAUCUUGUCGUUGGCGAUUUCCUGGUGGCUGCGUUUGGAAAUCCUGUUGCGAUGGUUUCUGCUAUCACAGGCGGAUGGUACUGGGGCUACAAAAUGUGCCUCUGCUACGCUUGGUUCAUGUCCACUCUGGGGUUCGCCAGUAUCGGCAACCUGACAGUAAUGGCUGUUGAAAGGUGGUUACUGGUAGCCAGACCGAUGAAAGCUCUGUCCAUAAGGCAUGCGAUAACACUUGGAAUCUUUGUCUGGAUCUAUGCACUCUGCCUCUCUCUGCCACCACUAUUUGGCUGGGGUAGUUACGGUCCAGAGGCAGGAAACGUGUCUUGCAGCGUGUCCUGGGAAGUCCACGACCCUCUUACCAAAAGCGACAGCUACAUAGGAUUCCUCUUCGUGUUUGGUCUGAUCAUCCCCGUUUUGGUGAUCAGUAGUAGUUACGUGGCAAUUAUAGCGACCUUGAGAAAAGUGCGAAAGAGAGCAGGCGCAAGCGGAAGACGCGAGUCCAAGAUCACGAAAAUGGUUGCACUAAUGAUAACUGCCUUCCUGCUCGCCUGGUCGCCUUACGCUGCUCUUGCGAUCGCCGCGCAAUAUUUCGACGCGAAGCCAUCGGCAUCGGUAGCUGUGCUUCCGGCGUUAUUGGCCAAAUCCUCCAUUUGCUACAACCCCAUAAUCUACGCAGGUUUAAACAGCCAAUUUCCCCGCUCUCUAAAGAAGAUCUUCGACGUACGAAUCGCGAGAUCUUCGUUACCGGACAGUCAAAACACCGCGUUGACGCUGUUGAACAGACAAGAGCAAAGGAACUGAGGACCA